AUGAGAAAAUUUUUUAGUCGGAAAAUUCAACAAGAACUCCCCUUAAGUUAUUUAACUGAAUUGAAACCGUAUAGAUACGCGUAUUUGCGAAUUUUUCGACUCGUUCCUUAAAAUAACAUUUAUUUUUUCGAAAAUGAAGAUUUCUUCGCUUACCGAAUUAUUGUUUUUUUUCCCCGUUUUUUCGUCCAGGAAUAAAUGGUACCUUUGAAAAUCUCAAAAAGGAACAUUUCCUUGAUUGCAAAGAACCAUCCUAAUGUGACGUAUUUAUAAACGUACCUUUUGGCAUACCCACGUCCCACACGUUGCGCAGUCGUUUUCCAUCAACUUAUAUUUCAAGCGGAACUUGAUUUUAUCCAACUCAAUGCAUCGGUUCGGUUUUUCUACGUUGCUAACGGCAUGGACAAUGUUUUGGAUUGAUGAGUCUUUUGGCAAUUAUCCGUACCCACUCAAUAUAACUGAAAAUACUUAUACAGACGGGAACUACGUGAUUACUUCCGUUGAUAUACCAGCGGCAUUGUUCGAUGUGAAUAUAUUGAACCCACCAGAUGACGGAUAUUUUACAGUAUCUAAUACAUUGGAUCGCCUGUCACGUGCACAAAUCUGCAGGAAAGAGAAUCUCGAAAAAAUUUCUACCGAAGUUAUUAAUAUGAAGCUUGGCGAGUCUUCUUUCGAGGAACUGAUUUAUAGCGGUAAAUUAUGGUCCGAUAAGUCGGGUUUUAUUUAUUAUUUAUUCACGUUUCCUGAAAAAGUCUUGCUAGUCACUUACCCGAGACGUUUUGGUAAAAGCACUAUUGCACAAAUGGUCCAUUUGUUCGCGCGAAUUCUCGAUGUGUCUUUACCAGACGAGCAACAGUUAGAAUUUCUUCGAUCUUGCUACUUCAAGAAUAGUACAAUUCCGAUCUUCGAACCUAAUCGUAAGGGUCCAGAACCGUGUACGAUCACCGACACAAUUAAUAUCGUGCCAAGUCCUCUGCUUAGCCGAGAAACAAAAUUCCUUGAAAACCACAUGGGACAAUACCCUGUGAUAUAUAUGGAUUUUGCCCCGUUGAAAGGGAAGGAUGAUAAUCAGCUUCGUGAACAAAUGAAUGAUUUGAUCAGCGAAACGUUUCGACAACAUGCCUAUCUUCUCGAUUAUUUUAAAUCUAUCAACGAUGUAUUAGCCGAAACCAAAUUCAAUUAUUUUCUCAACGCUGUUAAUGAAAACGAGAAUACGUUGGUGGGUAGUAUACCGUUUUUGGCGGAAAAGUUAUCCAAGUAUUUUCAUCGUAAAGUGCUGAUUAUCGUUGAUGAAUACGAUACCCCUUUUAAUGUAUUACUGUUACCACCAUACAAUUAUGAAGGCGAUAAACUUGGAUAUUGGACGAAUUACUAUAGAAACAUCAUGGAAUCGUGGUUCAAGUUGAAAACGCAUAAUUACGCUACUAAAAUAUUUCUCACUGGUAUCAUGAGAAUUCAAAAGAUUUCCGGCCUCUCUGACGUCAAUUGUAUAAGUCAGAAAAGUAUAUUGGACAAAUUUAAUUUAAACCAGUUUUUCGGGUUUUCAUCGGACGAAGUAAAAACUUUAUUAACGUUGGCAGGGAAACCAGAAUAUUUUGCGAAACACAAGGAACUGACCAAAUUCUCGUACAAAGAUUUAGCUAAAUAUUAUGACGGCUAUCACAGUAUGGGAAGCGACGCAAACACCUUAUUUACGCCGCAUUCUGUUUGUUCAUUUCUCCAAUUUGCAGAGUUAGGACCUUACUGGGAUGGAAGUGGUACUAUCGUUCCAUUUGUAAAGUUAUUACGCUUUGAAAACCUAUUGAACACGAUUGGCCAGUUAUAUGAAACUAGACCCACUCCUCUUUCAGUAGAUAUCUUGGACGAUAUUGAUGAAAAAGGCCUUAUGAGAAUUAAGGAAUUCGUUAAUAACGACAGUAUCGAAACUGGUUUUAGCGAUACUGAUUCGAAUAUGGUGCUAGGAGUGCUUUGUCAAAUGGGAUACAUUACCGCUGUGAAUGAUUCGUUCAACGCUGCCAAACGUACCUUUUUAGCUACAAUUCCAAAUGAAGAAAUCCGAAGUACUCUAUUCCAACGGUGGUAUAAAAAUGUCGUGCACCCUAAAAUGACAAAUAAUAUUCGAAAUAAAACCUUCGUGGAAGAUAUUAGCGCAGAAUUAAACCCUUAUGACGAAAAAAAAUCGUCAAUAAAAUUUCAGACAGACGGUUUGUUGGCUAAAAUUAGAUCAUGGAUUACCCCAAUUGAUAAAAAGAUUGUAGAAAGUACUGUGAUCGAAAUAAGUAAAAUUUACAAUUCUGAUAACAAUAUCUUUUUGAAAACAUUCCUUGUGUGCAACAUCAUAAUUGAUGUAGCAAAAAAAGUUUUUCUACACUGAUAUGAGAGUUGUACAAAGAUAUACCUAGCUACCUAGAAGCCAGCAGCAAGGAAACUGGUAUCAAUACUUUCAACCAGUGAUAUUUAAAGAAACGACGUUAGAAUGCGCGAGGAAAUUUUUGAAAACGUAUGUAUAUGCCUAACAGUAUUAAAUAAUGCAACAUUUCGGAAUUCGGAUACUGUACAAAAAGUCGCCAAAUAAAAAUUCAUUCGUAGCUUAUUCAAGAAGCUAUAUCUAAAUGAAAAGUCUGAUUUAGAAAUUCCAAUUUUUCAACGAAUACCUAUAUAAGUACUUAGAUACCAUUUAUCGGUCUUUCUCCGCUCAUCCUCGAACUAGAAAAUAGAUUUUGACUUGGUUUGUUUGUUUUUUCAUCUUCCACUUCAAUUUUAAACGCGGCUAUGUAAUGUUUUUUUUCUUUUUUUUUUAAUCAAAAAGUGUACUUACUGUUAGGUUAGAUUUAGGUUAUGCGAAUAAUGUGAAUUUUUCUGACGAAUUUCGUUGUUGUACAUUUAUUUUUAGAUAUCUUUUGUUCGUGAAUAUAAUAAAUACAUUUUGAAUUGAUUUUCCUAGAAUACAAAAAGCUAUGAAAUAUUAGGUACCUACUGGUAAACCAUCGUUGAUUGGACUAUACAUCUUUUUAAAAAUAAUUGUGUUUGUAUACCUAUUUGAAUAUAUGCAGUUGUGCUGUUAACGUUAUUUCUAUGAAAAAUUUAAUUGUUUAAUAAUCUACUUAGGUUCCUAUGUGAAAAUGUAUUACCUAUUUUUAAUAAAAUGAUUUUGACCUGAAA